AUGGCGGCGAGUGGCGGUGUACGAUUCUUGUUUCUCGGGAUUCUUUGUAUUUUUCUUGCGGAACUAUGCAACGGCGCCGCGACGGACAUCGAGUUGGAUGCAAAAGCACAGUUGUUGCAUCGGCUCGACAGCCUCAAUCUUUUUCUUUACACUUUCCUAUUAAUCUUAACUGUUUUAACGAUAUGGAUGUUCAAGCACCGUCGUUUGAGGUUCCUCCAUGAAACUGGCCUAGCUGUCAUCUACGGCUUGAUCAUAGGAGCAAUAAUACGAUAUGGCUUCACAACAAGUAGCACUAUUCUUCACAUGCCAGUAGUCCCAGAUAACAGCAGCAAAUACAAUCAAUCCGUACCACCCGAUACAUUAUGGUUGCGUUUUCCAGAAGAUAAGGGUGGUGGUAUCGUGAAAAACAAGACAUUUGCAUAUUCUUUUCGUGGUGAAAUUUACAAGGAAGAUAAUGAAAUUGACUUGAAGGCAACAUUUGAUCCCGAAAUAUUCUUCAAUAUUAUAUUGCCCCCUAUCAUUUUCCAUGCAGGGUACAGUUUAAAGCGUAAAUAUUUCUUUCGAAAUCUAGGUGCCAUUCUUACGUAUGCUUUAAUAGGAACCUCUAUAUCAGCCUUUGUUAUUGGAGCCUUGAUGUAUGCCUUCAUACAAUUGAUACCGCAUCUCUCCACGUCAUUCACGUUCCUGGAUACUCUAUACUUCGGUGCUCUGAUAUCUCCCACGGAUCCUUUGACAAUAAUAUCCAUUUUUAACGAUUUACACGUAGAUGUAAAUCUGUAUGCCUUGGUGUUCGGUGAGAGCGUGUUGAACGAUGCAGUCGCUCUUGUACUUAGCGGUUCGAUACAAAACUACGCGGAGCGAUACCAGUCAGGAUCGGGUGGUUUCGAAACGGUGGCGUUCUUCCAAGCAUUCGGAGAUUUCGUGGGAAUAUUUAGUUUGUCUCUUUUCAUCGGCGCCAUCAUGGGAUGCAUCACAGCGUUGUUAACGAAGUUUACCAAGGUACGCGACUUCCCUCUCUUGGAGUCGGCGUUGUUCGUCUUGAUGUCUUACAGUACCUUUUUAAUCGCCGAAGCUUCUGACCUUACAGGCGUGGUCGCUGUUCUAUUUUGCGGAAUAUGUCAGGCUCAUUACACUUACAAUAAUCUGAGCUUGGAUUCACGUCAACGUACGAAGCAGUUGUUCGAGUUGUUGAACUUUCUGGCCGAGAAUUUCAUAUUCAGUUACAUCGGCGUCUCAAUGUUCACCUUCCCGAAGCAUCACUUCGAUCCUGGCUUCAUCUUCGCAGGAUUCCUGUGCGCGUUAUUGGGUCGCGCGGCCAACGUUUAUCCGUUGUCUUUCAUCCUGAACCUGGCGCGGAAACCGAAGAUAUCGUUGAACUAUCAGCACAUGCUGUUCUUUGCGGGAUUGCGCGGCGCCAUGAGUUUCGCCCUCGCCAUUAGAAACACCGUGUCAGACGCCAGGCAAGCCAUGCUGACCACUACAAGUUUAAUUGUGAUAUUGACGGUUAUUCUGCAAGGCGGUGCAACGACGCAAUUCUUAAGCUGGUUCAAUAUUCCCGUCGGAGUGGACGAGGAAAUAGAAGGUCUUUCUCACAACGGAACUCGUAGUUAUAAUUCUAUGCAGGAUGGAUCGUUGCCAGGCAGCGGUGGCGGUGGCAGCGGCGGUGGUAGCGGCGGUAGCGGCAGUGGCGGCGGCGGUGCGAAACCUAACGAAAAGGCGUUGCUCGCCAGACUUUGGGGCGAUUUCGACACCAAAUACAUGAAGCCCCUAUUAACGCACUCUAGGCCUACGUUGCUAGAAACGUUGCCGGUCUGUUGUAGUCCUCUCGCGAGACUUCUCACGACUACGCAGCAAAUGACGCAGGACGACCUCGCGAGAAAAGUCGAUUCGGACUCCGACUUCUGCCUGGAAGAUCGCGAAAUGGAGCGACGGAGGACCAGUGUUCAGCCGCUGGGGACUGUGAUGGGAGAAGUUAGUCCGGGACCACUACCGCUGCACACACGAGUCGCCCUGCCAGGUCUGGUCGGCAGACACUUGUAAAAUUCUGUCCUAUAGCCGUGUCGCUCACGUUUCGUUUUACCUCGCUCACUCGCCCUCGUACGACUCGCACGCAGUGGUUUAACUCGACUCUACAGUCUCCGCGGAGUCAUCGAAUAAUUCUUUCAUAACUUAUUUCAAAUAACAAGAUGGAAAUAUAUUGAUCCGAAUCUCUCUGUGUGGGUGUGUGUGUGUGUGUGUGUGUGUGUACACAUUAACUAUAAAAAUCAAGAGAAAUCGAAGUUCUAAAAUCACCAUAUCCAACCGAUUUUGAGUAUAAGCCACUGUAAGCGAUCGCGUACGCAAUUUAUAAAUGUACUGGUCGUAAAAAGUUCACGGUGAUGACCUCUGUUAAAAACGUCGUUGGAGAAGUUGUACAUCAGCCGUUGAACUUAAGGAGCUAGUCGUACUUUCUUACCGUGUAACAUUUCUCGAUGGAUACUGAAUUGUAAUGUGGAGCACAUUCGUCGCUCCUAAUAUAUACAGCUUAUUAAUAUCUUGGAAGAAAAAGGGCUAAUCUCCAUCCCCCUUUAUUUUUCAGUUGUAAAAGUGUCGUAUACAACGUGACAAUUUUGAAAUGAACGCGUUGACUGGAGACGAUUGAUCGUCUAUUAUUUUAAGUUAUUGUAGAAAUUCGGACUUUACGCGCGCGUAACCCGCUAUUUUUUUCUGAAACAUUAAUUUUAAUUACAAUGAAUGAAUGAAUGGACGCAAAUAUGAACGAUAUGGUAGAUUAUCAACCGAACUACUUUCCCGCGUAUUUAUAUUUGUCUGCAAGAUCUUCACGAUUAAAAAUUAAGGAAACGGAUAUUAGCCCUCUUUUCUUGCAAAUAUACAGAUACAUAUAACAUUACAUUUAUUGGUUUUGCCAAAUUUGUAGGUAGAUUAAUUUUCUUAACGGCCACUGUGGUAUUAAUUACUUUAUUGCGAAGUUUAAUCUUACUACCCGGUGAAAGCUGUAGCGCAAAUUACGCUUCGACGAAAAGUAAAAUACUUAUGGCGCAAGAUCGACGACCUGUAUCUAAUCAAUAUGCAUUGUACGUCUGAAUAUAAUAAAUAAGAAGAACGAUAUAGAGUUGUUCGAUAAAAAAAAAAACUUAGUACGUUAGAAAUACGCAAUGGAAAUUGUAUAUCGACUCUGUGUACGUGAAUUGCGGUGUAAAGCGAUUGUAUCAUAAACUUGCUUACGUCACGUUUAGCAACUUCAUUAUAUUUCGAAGUAUUCUGCAUUGAUUCGAUAACGGGUGACGCAUAAACGAGAAUCUCUUUUUCUCGUAGAAACUUAAUUUAAAUAUUCUUAGCAGUCGCGGCAAAUUGAUUUUGCUGCUGUACAAAGUCCUAUAUUGUACUAUCUGUAGAGUGCGGCGCACUCGGGUCUUACAAUUUACAUUGUAAUUACUUUUAACGCAAAAGUUACGAGACAACGUACAAGACGAUAGAGGCUUCGAAAAUUCAUCAAUUAAUUUAUGGGAGAGCAAAUAUUUACUGGCUUCUUGUUACAAAUUCCGAUUAUGGUCGAAUAAAAAUAGAUGUAUCCCCCC